AAUGAAAUAAAAUCCAUUGCCAAACGGGGAAGAAAAUAUUUUCGCUGAACGGAAAACUUCGAGAAGCGAAAUGGAGGAUAACUUCGUCGACGGCGAUCGGGCGACGGUGAUGGUGACGAACGACGACGGAAUCGACGCGCCGGGAUUAAGAGCUCUAGUUAAUGUACUUGUUUCUACCAAUCGCUUUCACGUCCUUGUUUGUGCUCCUGACUCAGAAAAGUCAGCUGUUAGUCAUAGCAUUACAUGGCGUCAUGCCCUUUCUGUUAAGCAAGUGGACAUUAGCGGAGCAACAGCCUUUUCAGUUUCAGGAACUCCAGCAGAUUGUACUUCCUUGGGAAUCUCCAGAGCUCUUUUCCCUUCAGUACCUGAUCUGGUGAUCAGUGGUGUUAAUAUGGGUGACAACUGUGGCUAUCAUAUAGUAUACUCGGGUACAGUGGCUGGCGCUAGGGAGGCUUUCUUCAAUGGUAUUCCUGCUGUGUCUGUAUCAUAUAAUUGGGUUCGUGGAAAAAGCAAUGUUAAUGACUUCAUACUGGCUGCUAAAGCUUGCUUACCCAUCAUCAGCGCUAUAUUGGCUGAAAUCAAAAGAAACAACUAUCCUCUAAAUUGCUUUCUGAAUAUUGAUGUGCCAACAGAUGUCAUCAAUCACAAGGGAUACCGUCUGACUAGACAAGGGAAAAGUUUUGUCAAAAUGGGAUGGAGGCAAGUUAAUUCUGAGCGAGAAGGAGGAAAAGUAUUGUCCACAAUGACUAUGGAGACGAAUCCAUCAGAAAGUACAGAAGCUAGAGCUUUAAAAAAUGCACCACAAGAUCAUCUACUGUUUAAGAAACAAGUUACAAGAAUUCUAGUGGAGGAUGGUGAUACAGACUACUGUUCUCUCCGAGAAGGAUACAUAACUGUCACACCCCUUGGCGGCUUGUCUCCGGCAGAGCUAGAUGCUGUUUCAUUCUUUCAGAAUUGGCUGCCCAGUGUUGUUGAUCUUUACCCUUCCUCUGCUUUAUAGUGCUAUGAAAAGUUUGUAGAGAUGAGACGAGAUAAGUGGAGUUGAAAGAGCUAAAGCUGAUGAGUCCACACAGAAUGGAAAAAGUUAAUGCAUUUACAUGUCAUUCCAGAUGUGGGUAUCCUCUCCCUGGUUAAAAUUCAGAUGCAUCUUUGUUUCAUUUUCUGCAAGAUAUUCUCUCUAAUGUUUCUUAGGCAUUUACUGAGAUCAUAGAAUUUGUGAUGUAACAGAUUUGGUGUAUGUUCAAGCUUAAAGUUUUUCUACAA